AUGCACCGCAUGUCGUGUGGGGGCCCACAAAAUGAGUUGUCCGACCAAUACUUGCAGUCGGCGUUACGCUUAUGUCGCCAGAGGACGUCCUCACCGUCAUUAUUGAUGGCUCGCAAUUUGGUCAAGAACUUUGGCGUAAUUACAUGCGAGUCGUGUAAGGGGAAUUUAUUCGAAAUGCCGCAGAAAAUGAAUUGA